AUGCCAGCCCUCUCGCGAUUGUUCGGGUUGGCAUUGUGGGCCUUGUUAGCCUUAAACGCGACCCUCGCCCAAGGUGAAGAAUGGCCCCGACACAACAACGGGUUGACGACGUCUGUGGAAUGGGACCAUUACAGCUACAUCAUCAAUGGCCAGCGUCUUUUUGUCUUCUCUGGGGAGUUUCACUACUGGAGGUUGCCUGUACCCGAGCUCUGGAGAGACCUGUUGGAGAAGAUUAGAGCUGCUGGCUUCAACACUUUCUCCAUCUACAACCACUGGGGGUACCAUGAGUCGUCACCAGGCUCUCUUGACUUUGAGAGUGGAGCACACAACUUCACCUCCAUUAUGAAGUUAGCAAAGGAGCUCGGCAUGUACAUGAUCAUUCGGCCAGGCCCGUAUGUCAAUGCCGAGGCGAAUGCUGGCGGAUACCCCCUAUGGCUCACCACUGGUGAAUACGGUGUCCUGAGGACCAACGAUACAAAGUAUACUGAUGCAUGGAUGUCAUAUUGGUCAACGGUAUCCCAGAUAGUCAAACCGCAUCUGAUCACCAAUGGCGGCAACGUCAUCAUGUUCCAGAUCGAGAACGAGCUGGACGGGCAGUGGAAGAGCAUCCCGGACAAGAUUCUAAACCCCCCCGUGGCCGGAUACAUGCAGGCACUCGAGGACGUUGCUAGAGAUAACGGCAUCGAUGUUCCUCUUAGCCACAAUUCGCCAAACAUGGGCGGAUACUCCUGGUCGAAAGACUUCUCGAACAUGACUGGCAAUGUCGAUGUUGUAGGACUCGACAGUUACCCGUCCUGUUGGAGCUGCAACCUGAGCGAGUGUACCGGCACGAAUGGGGAAUACGUCGCUUAUCAAGUGGUGGACUAUUAUACAUACUUCACUAAGCAAUCUCCAACUCAGCCCAACUCCAUGCCCGAGUUCCAGGGUGGAUCGUAUAAUCCAUGGGGCGGGCCACAGGGCGGUUGUCCCAGUGACAUCGGGGUCGACUUUGCCAACAUGUUCUACCGCAACCUCAUCUACCAGCGAGUGACGGCAAUCUCUCUGUAUAUGCUAUAUGGAGGGACCAACUGGGGCUGGCUUGCCUGCCCUGUCGUCGCCUCGAGUUAUGACUACUCGUCGCCAAUAUCGGAAAAUAGGGCGAUUGGAGACAAGUACCACGAGACGAAGCUCCUCACUCUUUUUACCAGAGUGGCCAAAGAUCUCGCCAAAACAGAUCGUCUUGGCAAUAACACGGAAUACUCGAGCAACUCGGCAAUCACCACUGCUGAGUUACGGAACCCUGACACCAAUGCGGCAUUCUAUGUUACCAUGCACGAAUCAUCUCCGUCCGGCACGCUAGAAACGUUCAAAUUGAAAGUGAAUACGUCAGAGGGAACAUUCUGGAUCCCACAACACGGAGGAACAAUUACCAUAAAUGGCCACCAAUCCAAGAUCAUCGUGACCGACUUCAAUUUUGGCUCCAAGACACUCCUCUACUCCACUGCCGAGGUCCUUACAUAUGCCAUCAUCGACAACAAAGAGGUCCUUGUGCUUUGGCUUCCGACAGGGGAGUCGGGGGAGUUUGCCAUCAAUGGAGUGGCCUCUGCGAAGAUCUCAUCGCCGGACGGGUCGGCAAGAGAGGAUUCAACAAAUCUGAAGCUCCACAGCGGGGAGGAAAAUAUCACAGUUUCAUACACACAAGGGCCGGGGAUGACACUGGUCGAUCUUGCAGAUGGGUCCAGCGUGGUUCUCCUGGAUCGAAGUGCUGCGUAUAACUUCUGGGUCCCGUCCUUGGGCAGCGAUCCGUUGACACCGGAAAACAAUACUGUCCUGGUCCAGGGGCCAUACCUGGUUCGCUCGGCCAAGUUGAACGCCGAAACGAGGACUCUUGAACUAACAGGAGACCUUGACCUUGACACCACGAUUAUCUACGUAUUUGCUCCGAGAGCAGCCUGUUCGAUAUCCUGGAAUGGUCAAAAGUUGGAAAUUAUUUCCAAGAAUGGACAGUUGGUGAAGGCGACCCUGGAGGGUCCAGCCUCCUUUAAACUACCAAGCCUCGGUCCAUGGAAAUCACUCGACAGCCUGCCCGAAAUUAAGACUAGCUACUCCGCCUCAUCUGACGCCUGGGUUGACGCAAACAAGACCACCACCUUCAACCCAACCAAGCCCGACGCCCACAACCCCGUCCUCUACGUCGACGACUACGGCAUCCACACAGGCAACCACAUCUACAGGGCGACAUUCCCCAGCACCCCCGAACCACCCACAGGCAUCUUCCUCGACAUAACAGGUGGCCUAGCCUUCGGCUUCUCCGCCUGGCUCAACUCCCGCCUCAUCGGCUCCUAUCUCGGCCUCUCCUACGCGGGCCAGGGCCAACUCACCCUCGCCUUCGACAACGCGACCCUCCACGCCGACAGCGACAACGUCCUCGUCAUCGUCAUGGACAAUUCCGGCCACGACCUCCGCGAGGCCGCCGUCCAGCCCCGCGGCAUAUCCAACGCCACCCUCCUGGGACCCGCCGCUGACCGCGCAUCCGGGGGGCCGGGGUACCGAUUCGGCGGGUGGAAGAUCGCCGGCGGCGGCGGCGGGGCGGAAGCCGCCUUGGACCGCGUCCGCGGACCCCUCAACGAGGGAGGCCUGUUCGCCGAGCGCGUCGGUGCGCACCUGCCCGGGUUCCCCGAAACCGGCACGGAGUGGGAAUGGGCGGACGUCGGUGGCGACGGCGACGCGAGGCUACGCGUGGAGGGAGCCGGGAUAAGGGUGUUUCGGACGGUGGUGCCGCUGCGGGUUCCGCGGGGGCUGGAUGUUGCGGUGACGUUCCGGCUGACGGUCCCCGGCGGCAGUAGCAACCGGUUGCGGGCGCUGCUUUUCGUCAAUGGGUACCAGUAUGGGCGAUUUAGUCCGUAUAUCGGUAACCAGGUCGACUUUCCGGUCCCGCCUGGGGUCCUUGACUAUGAUGGGGAUAACACUGUUGCUGUGACGGUGUGGAGCCAGAGUGCCGAGGGGGCGGAGGUCGGGGUUGAAUGGAAUUUGGAUUACGUCCAUUCGAGCAGCUUCGAUAUGGGCUUUGACGGGGCGCACUUGAGGCCGGGAUGGACGGAGGAUAGGCUGAAGUAUGCUUGA